AUGCCCUCUAGAAAUUGCCGAUAUUUUGGUGCGCUCACAUACUCCGUGGUGAUUACAAAUAACAAGCUAGAGGAUAGUCAAGUCACAGACUUGGUAGAUCUAAUCUACUCCCACAUCCAGUCCUUGAUCAACGAUGGAGAUGUUCUGGGAAACAACUUCGUAAUCCAGAAAUUGUUCUCAAAUUUGCUGCUUCUCUACUCGAAAUACCUGGCGGCAUACCCCAACCCAGUUCUUUCAUUUGCACAAUUGCUCACGAAGCUGAGUGAGCAAAUGCCUACGCUCCUACGAAUGCUUCUGCCGGUCCAACUCGAGCUCCUCCUAAUAUUUUUUACAACUUUAGUUGAAGACUCGUUUAGAUCCAAUGUGAACUCCGCAGCCAUGCAUCGCUCAAUUUUCGAAGAUCUCAUACCAAGGCUUAUAGAACUCUUCCAGUAUUUGACCCUUUUAAGGUCUCAAGGGCAUUUGCUGCAUGACCUUACAUUGCACAGCUUGAAAUGUUUGAGCGCAUGGAUGUCGUACAUCGCAAACGUCAAUGCUGAGAUCAGAUAUGAGCCUCAGCAUAUUCGAAUUCUAAAGCUUUACACAUUUCUGUUUUUCGAAAAAAACCUUAAUGCUGAAAAUGAUGAAUAUCUCGACGAGGUUCAACUGUGUUUGCAUAUUUUGGGAGAGGUAUUCGAAACAAAUCCAAAUUUAUUCACACUUGACGAAAAACAGGCUAUUCUAGGUCUUCUUUUUGAUCAUGCUUCCUGGGGCCAUUCUUUUCUCAUGGAGAUCUUACUUACUGAUAGCCGCUUUGAACAUGAAGACCUCGUUAAUGCGUUUGUCGAUUUGGCCUUGUAUGUUCUACAGCAUAACAUGAUAAGACUUUCAAAGACCAUUCUUGAACCUGCUUCUCAGAGUAUUCUUCAAAUUGCGAUGGCAAUGACUGAUUUAGAUGGUGCAUCUUUCGAAAAUGACCAAGUUAGCGAAAGAAUGCUCGAAUUCUGGGAGGAAUUUAUCAAUGUGUACAUAGACUCUGGAGAAGUGUUCGAAACUCUAUUCGAACUGAGAGAUGACGCCGAGUUCAAAAGAUCCUUCGAGUAUCAAAGAUCUCAGAUUCUUCAACAGGUUUGUCGGAUUUACUGGAAGAAAAUACAUAUUCCAGCUUUCGGUGUUUUUACGACAGUAAAAGCAGAAUUCAACUCUUAUCGGAGAACAGUGGCUGACUUCUUUUUAGUCGCCUACUCUUUUUUGAAGGCUGACCUAUACAAGUUGUUGUGCGAGGCACUAUUGGCUAACUUAAAAGAGGCUGACCAAGGAAAUAGAUGUCUUGAAGAUGUAGAGGCUACCCUGUUUCUUUUGUAUAACAUCAACGAUGAUGCUGUUUACUUCGAGUCCCAGGCCAAUGCCUUGCUACCCUUUUCAUCCGUUAUCAUGCACAGCAGUAUGAUCCAGCAGUUUCGAAGCCUCAAGCUUGAUGAUCCUUCAAAUAAGUUGCCACUUUCCACAUUCAUUCAGUAUUUGUCGUCGAAUGUGUUUUAUUUCGAAACGAACGAGGGCAGUCAGUACCUUGGCUCUGUUCUUGAUGUCAUUUUCCUAAUAAUUGUUUCAAAUGACAGCUCGUUAUCUCUUUUGGCAUCGAAAACUGCCACGAGAAUAUGCGAAAAAUGCAGCCGUCAUCUAAUACAAUUUCUUCCAAACCUUGAGGUCAUCAUUCUUGAGAUGCUCAAAAAUUAUGAAAUAGAUGGAUUAAUCAGGCUGAGGAUGUUCAAUGCUUACACUGUGGUGGCUCGAACUUGCACUGAUGAAGUACAAUUUGCUGAGGCUUUGUAUGGUAUGCUUUCUCAAGUCAAAGAUACGGCAGCUUCUUUAUUGCGAUCCAUAGAGUCUUCUUGUUCUCAAGUACAAGAGGAUUAUUUAACAUCCCUUUUAUCAUGUGUGGUUGGAGUAGCAAAAGGUAGCUCCCUCACUGACGAUAUCACAGAGGUGAUGUCCGAGGAACGUUCUCAAUUCUAUCGUGACUAUUGGCAUCGCGAUCCGAUGGAGAUCAAAUCGGUUGUCUUGUCAAUCAUUGAGCUUUUUAUGACAGAGGCACCGGCUAUCAGUGAUUUGCCAAUUAUUGUUGAGAAGUGUACUCUUAUUGUCAAAGCGGGUUUUGGAGAAGAGUUCGGCGGGCCAUUUGAAUUUGGUCAAAAUACAGUCAUUGAUCUUGUACAAAACAUGAUGUCCAAAUUGAGAAAUCCAAAUGCUGUACCUCAUGUGUUCUCCCUCAUCGAAUGCUUUGUGGGUGUUGAGUAUCGAACACUAGACAGAUCUCAAGUGGAGCUGCUUUCGACUCUUGUAUUCGCAAAAAAUAUUGAUUUCUUGAAGAGUGAUCCGGAUCUUUUGAAAGGAGCGAUUGACGUGUUUUCGAAAAUCAUAGAGUGUAAGCCAUCGCUUAUCAUACUGUCGAGCUUUUUCAAUUCUACAAUUCUUCCUUGCGCCGUUGACGGCGUACAAUCGAAUGAGCAGUUUAUCAUAAAAUCGAUUUCAAAAUUCUGGAAUAAUUUGCUCAAUUUGAAGAAAGGCUCUCGCGAAGACCAAGAUAUUGUUCAGGGGCUCUUAAUAGAUUUAGCAUGGGGUCAACUUCUCACCAACAGCCUAGUGGUUACAUUCCUCAAGGCACCUCGGUCUAAUCUCGAUCAUUAUUAUAGUAUUUUUCGGUCGUUACUUGGCAAAUACCCGGUCAAGUUUAAGCAGUGGCUCGUGGUCAUAGUACUGCUGCUGGAAAUUUCAGAAUCAAUUGGGAUGAAAGAGAGAGAUUUAUUCAUUAAUCAACUCGUAUUGACUAGGGGCCGGAGAGCCGCAAAUGAUGUUCUAAAAGCAUUCUGGUUGAAAUGCAACCAUUUGGUGGAGUACAAUAAUCAGAACUUCUGA